AUGUCAUUGAAACUCGAAAUCGAAACAUGGGUGGCAGCCCUUGGUCGUUAUGAUAACAAUGAAUUUGAUGACGCCCUCGGCGAGUUCAAUAAGAUAAGCGACACGAGCAAAAUUCUCUUUAACAUGGGUGUGAUUCAUGCUACAUUAGGUGAACACGAAAAAGCCGUUGAAUGCUACCAGAGGGCUAUCCGUCUUGACCAGUACCUCGCAGUCGCAUACUUCCAGCAGGGCGUGUCUAACUUCUUACUCGGUGACUUCGAGGAGGCGCUGGCAAAUUUCAACGACACAUUACUCUAUCUCCGGGGCAACACGAUGAUUGAUUACGCUCAAUUAGGCCUCUUGUUUAAGCUCUACUCCUGCGAAGUGCUCUUCAAUAGGGGCCUGUGUUACAUAUACCUGCAACAAAGGGAUGCCGGAAUGCAGGACUUGUCAUAUGCAGUGAAGGAAAAGGUAGUCGAAGACCACAAUGUUAUCGAUGAGGCAAUACGUGAAGAGGCUGAGGGUUACACCGUUUUCUCCAUUCCCGUUGGUGUUGUUUACCGGCCAAAUGACGCCAAGGUUCGGAACCUAAAGACCAAGGACUAUCUUGGCAAAGCCAGACUCGUUGCCGCAUCAGACCGAUCAAAUGCUUUCACUGGGUUUGCAGGUUCGGAAAUCAAGAAUGCUGGAAAGGGCGAAGUGAAAGAUGAUCGGCCAGCGGAUAACAUCUCUUUUGCUGCAACAAAUUUGGUCAAACCGGGCAUUCAAUCACGACGGCAGCAAUCGGAACCCCCAACUAGUCGGAAUGUGUUCCCGCCUACGCCUCCCCCUGAAAACGAUCGGCCCAGCCGAGGUGGCUCUGUCCGGAACGGCUCGAGACCAAUGCCCGCGAGGCUCACCAUUCAGACUCAGGAGUCGAGCCGGAGGUAUGACAAAGCGAUGUCGCCUGAAGAUAUUCGUGCCACUCGUUCAGCAACAUCGUCAGCGCCCUCUCGCGGCUUCUCCAGAAGGGACCCUCCGCCAAUGCAACGGCGUCCCACACGGCCAAUUGAGGAGGAGGACGAAGCCGACCCAGCUGACCUGUAUGACAUGUACCAAGGUGGUGGAGGUGGCUCCGUAUCAAGAGACAGUCGUCCCUCGGCGCGCUCGAGACAACAGCCUCGAUAUAUUGAUGACGAAGACGGGUCAGAUUAUGACGAUGGCUCAUUUGACGGGGCAGAGUUUGAAAUGGUGUCAAAUAAUCGCAGGGGGCAAGGGUCUCGGUCAGGGUCCCGUGCUCCGUCUCGUCGACCAGAGAUUCGCAAGAUUCGAGUCAAGGCCCAUGCCGAUGACGUGAGGUUUAUCAUGGUCGGAACGGCUAUUGAAUUUCCAGACUUUGUGGACAGAAUAAAAGAAAAAUUCGGGAUGAGGCGUCGUUUCAAGAUCAAAAUCAAGGAUGAGGAUAUGCCUGAAGGAGACAUGAUCACUAUUGGGGACCAGGAUGACCUAGAAAUGGCAAUUCAAACUUCAACUAACAUGGCUAAGAGGCAGAGGCAAGAUGUUGCGAAAAUGGAGGUCAGUUUGGAUAUUCGAACUUUAGAACUAUACCCCGGAAUUUUAAUGAAGCAUACUCAGUGGACCGAACGCAUUAUCAGCAUAAUCACGAAUUAA